UUGCAAUCAAGAAUAAAUUUUUUUUUCUAGCCAAGGUUUUUUUAUACUUGCUUAGUUAAGCAGUUACAUAACUUGUAAAAAUAAGAUCUUGAUGUAGCACAAUUAUCCCAGGGCAUACUAAUCAGAUACUAAGAUCCGAUAAAAGCUCAUAAAAGAGACGCAGUCUACCCCAGGUCGAAAAAUAAUAUGUAAGAUCUUGCGAGACCAGAUAAGAUCGUACGAAAAAUUGUCGUCUCUGAAAUCUUACAUUGAGUAUUACAAUAGGGCACUCGUAAAAUUUUACCAUUGCAUAAGAUUUCCUAUAAUCUUAUAGUCAUAUCUUGCGAUACAAUAAGCUCUUUCAAGAAUCUGACAGUACUAAUUCAAGUAAGAUUUCAGAGACUAAAAUUUUGCGUCAGAUCUUACCGGAUCCAGCAGUGGCAGAAUUGAGGCAGAACUCUUAAGAAUUCUGUAUCUCCAGCAGAACUUUGCUUCUAGGCAUGCGCUAAUCUAUGCACUAAGAACACGGUUCUUCUAAGAAUUUUGUGUUCACCACAGAAUUUAGUCAGAAAUCUUAAGAACUCUGAAUGCUUUGCAGAACUCUGUAUACGUAUUGGUACAAGUGAACCAGACUUACACCCAACCUACAAUCUACACAAUUGGAAUCGCACUGAUCGAAAUCAUUUUAACGCGUUUACGAAUGAUCAAGAUCUAGUUGAAGCCGGUUUGCCUCCAUUUGAAACUUGCAUUCGCGAUGCUCAAGCUCCUUGUAUUAUGUGCAUUCUCAAUGAGAUCAGCGGUAUACCAGCAUGCGCAGAUCAAUUUUUCAUUGACAACUUUGCUCUUGUAGCACUACAAGAUCGAUCUGAACCCAGGAUACGCGCAGGUAUCUCCCAUGAUUUUCACCUGUUGUCAACUUGUGAAAACCCUUUAAUGAUAACGCAACGAUGUAUGAUUUUAUUAUUGUGA